CAUGUAAAAGAUGUUAAAAUAUUGGCCAGCAUUCUUUUGAAAAUGCACCGUGAAUAUCAUAUUCAACAUGCAGAGUCUUGCCAAAAGUUGUCAAAGACAGAGGUUUAUAUCAUCUGCCUUCUACUAGAGACCUGUGCUGAAUUUGUAUCUUCUUCACCUGGUGAAUGUGAAGACCUACUAUUGGAGGUGCUGCAGCAGGGUGAGCCAACCUCUAAAGAUCCAGCUGUUUUGCUGCCUUUCAUAACUGUCUUGAGGAGUCUUACUAACUCAUUUUUUGGAGCUAUGAGUAAUAAAAAUCAGGUUAUUUUUAAUUCUUUUGUUUGGUUGAAUUGGCUAUUCAAAUUCUAAAAAUUCUUUCCCCAAAUUUAAAAUACUUAUGAACCCUCUAGGGAAGCUCAAGUGGUAAUGGGUGUUAUCUUGGAGACCAAUGGUCUCAGGUUGAUUCCCACUUGAACUCCCUGAUCAUAUAAAACCUCAAAAACUUAUUUCUUUGUAUGUCACUGGAUUCUCAAUACCUGAGUAAUGCUACUUGCUAUUUAGAAGUGGUCAAUAGUUUUCUCUUUAUAUGUUUAGAGAUGGUUGCUGAGCCAAAGCAGAUUCCUCCUUUUCAGAAUGAAUUGAUUAACUCAUUGACUGCCUCUUUGAUUGACUCCUCAACUAAGGAUGAGGAUACAUCAAUUGAUACAUAACUGUUAUGAUUUCUUUGUCGUCAAACAAU